ACUACGUUCAUAAACACUUUUGUAGCCAUAUAACAUAUCUAACACAUCAUCUCUCGACGUUUCCACUUCAUUGCAGUGCUGCAUUCACUCUCACCGCGUGUAAAACGAUAUCUUCACUAUCAAUUUCAUCAGCUAAGCCUGGCUUUCCUCUCCAACAUACUGCUAGGUAAUUCCAUGUGUCACUGCAAGAAAAUAAUAAAUAUUCAAGUAAAAUAAUAAUAUCUUUCAUUAAAAGAACAAAAUCAAUACUUACUCUCAUAAUAUGACGGCUGGAAAAUUCAUUGAAAUUGAAAGUUUGGGUAAAGAAGCCCAAGAAUUAAUUCGAGAGAGUAUUGAAGCCCGAAAAAUGGCUUAUACACCUUACAGUAAUUUCAAAGUUGGCGCAGCCUUAAGGUGCAACGACGGAACAAUAAUCCGCGGAUGUAAUAUAGAAAAUUCAUCAUUUGCAGCUACCAUUUGUGCUGAGCGAACGGCCAUCUCCAAAGCGAUCUCCGAUGGGAAGCUUAAAUUUCAAGCAAUCGCUGUUGCCGCUGACAUGGUUAAUAAUUUAAUUACUUCGCCCUGUGGAGUUUGCCGGCAAACACUUGCUGAAUUUGGAGAUAUGUCAAUUUAUUUGACAGACCCGACAAUGACCAAAAUUGUACAGACGUCAGUAAAUGAUUUAUUACCUCUGGCUUUUCGUUUAAACGAAUCUAUCAAUUAAUAUUAAUCUUAUUUCUUAUAUUUUAUUAACAGUUAAACAAAAUAUCAUAUAAAAUGAUAACUAAAAUUAUAAAAAUAAAUAUUUAAGCAUUUUGUUUUAUUGAAAGCUUAUUCGCUUUAGAAAAACGAAUUUUACUUUUUAUUUUAAAUAAUUGUAAUAUAAUAACUAUUUUAUUUGUUGUCGAUAUACUAAUUUACAAUGUUAAAUGUUCUUAUGUUAUUACAAAUAUAUUUAUAUACAGAAGGCUUACGCUUUUAAAAAAAUUUAUAUUUACAUCGUUGAGGUAAUUUUAUAAACUUGUUGAAGCAAUGAUCUCUGCGGUGCAUUAAUAAAUGUAUCCCAUAAUCCA